AUGAUUUGUUUAUAUUUAUUAAAGUUUAGUAAGCUUUCAAACUGUUAUUUUUGAAUGAUUAUUUAAUUAAAUUUUUUGUUAUUGAAUGGAUAAAUAUGGAAACGUUUCUGUUCUUUUCAAUAAGAAAUUUCAGUUCAAAUCCUUUACAGUUAUACCCCAGAAAAUAUUUGAAGUUCCGAAAUGGGAAGUACCUAAUCUUCAAGAAAAAAAAAUUAAUCUUAACAAUGUAAAAGCUCAGUUGGGCAGAUAUAAUCUUGAAGAAUGGUCUAAACAUACAAAACAUAAUGAUCCUUCGAGUUUUGUUAUAAAAUUUCUCAAAGAUCAGAUCGAACCAGAAUUGUUGACACAAGCAUGGUGCAAGUUUUAUGAAUGUUUGAAUCAAUUCAAUAUCAUACCUAUUACAAAGAAUAGUGACCGAUUUGUAAGUUUACACUUAUGUGAAGCACCUGGUGGUUUUAUAUCAGCUUUAAAUCAUUUUAUAAAAUUGAACUAUGACUUCUUAGAUUGGCAUUGGGUUGCUACUACACUUAAUCCUCAAUAUGAAGGCAAUGAAUUAUCAGAAAUGAUUCCGGAUGACCGUUUAUUGAGAUUCACCAGAAAACAAUGGUACUUUGGUAAAGACCAUACUGGUGAUAUUACCAAGUUUUACAAUCAUGUUGAUUUAAUCAGUGAAAUCAAGGAGAAGGUGCUAUUAGUUACUGCUGAUGGAAGUAUCGAUUGUAUGAGCAAUCCUGGAAAUCAAGAAAGUUUGGUGAAAUAUUUGCAUUAUUGUGAAACAAUGACUGCAUUAUCAAUUCUGAAGGAAGAAGGUACAUUUGUUCUCAAAAUAUUCACGAUGUUUGAACAUUCAACAAUUUGCCUCUUAUACCUUUUAAAUAUAUCCUUUAGAAGUGUCAGUGCCUUCAAACCAUGUACCUCAAAAGGUGGAAAUUCAGAAGUGUAUAUUAUUUGUCUAGGUUUCAAAGGCUUUGAUUUUAUUAAAGAUGUUUGGGUAGAUUUGAUAAAUCCUUACAGAGAAGGAUAUUUUGAUGAAGAAGUAUCCAUGUUUGAUAUAAAUGAAAUUCCACAGCAAUUUUUUGAUGAAAUAAAUUCAUGUUCUGAAUAUUUCAUGAAUUUCCAGAUUGAAACUAUAAGGAAUAAUAUUGAUAACUUUAGAAAAAGGAAUUCUUUGAAUCGUUCUCUUAUUCAUCAUACAAAGAUUCGAGUGGCCAAUAUGUAUCUCCGAAAAUAUCAUUUGAAAAAAAUUGUACCUUCUUACAAAUUAGUCCUAUUUCCUGAAUCUAAUUGUGUUCCCGAAAUUUUGAGCUGUAAGGUUUUUCCAAAUUAUAAAUUAUUCACUUUAGCCAAUAUUACAAUUGAAACAGUUUUGUCAAUUAAAUAUGGAAAAGUUAUAAAUAAUUUGGAACAUUCUAAAUUUUGUAAUUUAAAAUUGUCUGAUACUUUCAAAAUAUUUUUCAAGAAAAAUCAAGAUCAUUUCAGUUUAUAUAAUAGAAUUUAUAUGGACCUAAGUAAUGAUUAUUCCAUAUUAAAUAGAAAUGAUUUCAAUUGUUUUUCUUAUAGUGAAUUUCAACGUGAUUUCUUAAAUUUUUUUAUUUGCCAUGAUAUAAAUAAAGACCUUCUUAUUUUGAAUAUUCCCCUAGUCACCAAUUUCUUAGUAGGUUUUUUUUAUAUAUUGUGUUUAGUUUAUGAAGAAAUUUUUGUUUACAAUUAUGGAUGUAUUUUAUUGAAAAAAGGAAAGAAUAAUAUGAAAUGUAAAUUUAUUGAACUGGUAUACACUUUGAAAACAUUUUAUGAAAAUCCUCCACAGGAUAUACCAUUUAAGAUUGAUAUUUUACAAAUUGUUAAUGAAGAUACAAUAUUAUAUAAUGACUUUCAUACAAUAGUUUGUGAUUAUAAUAAUUCCUUAAUAAAAAUCAAUAUUUGAUGUUAAAAA